GGCAUAUUGAGUUGAAGGAGAUGGCUAUCAACGUCUAUUGGACAAGCAUUGCUUGUACCACACAAAUGGUUGCUCGGACACCGUUCCUUUUUGUUCAUGAAACAGUGCACCGGACUUGCCUAAAUAGGUCUUAGUUCGUGAACUCUUGCCUUGGCGGUGACUUUGUUCAUCCCUUUCUGCACAGUUCAUUUCCGGCACCCGAAUUCGAUGAACAAGGAAGCAAUAGCCAAGUACGCGCUACAGCAAAUGCUGAAGCCUCAGCAGCCAACCACCAAGCAAACCGCCCCAUCGCAUAUCACGACACGAAGCGAGGCUGGAACCGAGACGUCGAAACAGAGAAAAUGGUGGUGGAGCCGUAAACCGGAGCCGACGGCUAUUCUUUCAAAGGAAGAACAAAAGAUAUUGAAGAAGGUCAAAUCUCGAGCCUACUUUCUCGAUCGUGGCAUGAGCUGUUGCUGUAUCCAAAUCGGGUUUGACGGGUUAAUUGGUUUGAUUCCCGUUGUGGGGGACUUUAUCGGGUUAAUUCUCGCUUUCCAACUUGUGGAGAUAGCCAUGAAAGCACAACUGCCCCAGCGAAUCAUAUCGCAAAUGAUGUUUAAUAUAGGCGUUGAUUUCAUGAUCGGACUGGUUCCCUUGGUUGGCGAUAUACUGGACAUAUUUUAUAAAUGCAAUACAAGAAAUGCACUUCUACUGGAAGACUAUCUGAUCAAACGACGUCAAAAGGAGUUGCGGCAUCUUGACCAAGCCGGCAUUUAUCCCAAUCAUGCAUCGAUCCCGGCUUCGAACUCAGCCUCUAUACCAUUGACCCCACAGCACCACAUCAAGCCAAAACCGCAUAACUGAUGCAGCAGAGUUCUAACUAAUUAAUCUGUACCAAAGAAUCGCAAGCAAUAGUAAUAAAAACAUAAUCCAGCACGCAAUCGUGUCAUCAAUUUUCCGCAUUGUAAAUUUGGCAGAUCAUCACUCUGGAAACCCUUAUCACGGGUCAAUUACUCGGCACUUGUUUGAGUUUCAUGAUGGAUAUAAA